UCCAAGCUGGCGUAGGAGGAAGUCCGCUUCACCUGUGGGCACAAACACGUCCGAAUGAGACAGUCCCUGGAGCUUCGCCAUUUAGUCCAGCCCAUUACAGGCAUUCCCGGAACAGACUAAGGCUGGGCCAACAUGGCAUCUGUGUUUCGAAGUGAGGAGAUGUGUUUAUCCCAAGUCUUUCUCCAGGUGGAGGCUGCCUAUUGCUGUGUAGCUGAGCUGGGAGAGCUUGGCUUGGUUCAGUUCAAAGAUCUCAAUGCAAAUGUGAACAGCUUCCAGAGGAAGUUUGUGAAUGAAGUCCGAAGGUGCGAGUCGCUGGAGCGAAUCCUCCGUUUUCUGGAAGAUGAGAUGCAAAACGAGAUUGUAAUCCAGACGCCCGAGAAGGAGCCAGAGACGCCUCUCCCCCGAGAAAUGAUCACCCUGGAGAGUACUCUGGAGAAACUGGAAGGAGAGCUCCAGGAAGCCAACCAGAGCCAACAGGCUUUGAAGAAGAGCUUUCUGGAACUGACAGAACUCAAAUACCUCCUAAAGAAGACCCAGGACUUUUUUGAGACAGAAACCAACUUAGCUGACGAUUUCUUUGUUGAAGACACUUCGGGUCUCUUGGAGUUAAGAGCCAUACCUGCGUUCAUGACUGGGAAGUUGGGGUUCACGGCUGGCGUGAUACACAGGGAGAGGAUGGCUUCCUUCGAGAGGCUGCUGUGGAGAGUUUGCCGGGGAAACGUGUACUUGAAGUUCAGCGAGAUGGACACGCUUCUGGAGGAUCCCGUGACGAAAGAAGAAAUGAAAAAGAAUAUAUUCAUCAUAUUUUAUCAAGGGGAACAGCUCAGGCUGAAGAUCAAGAAGAUCUGUGAUGGGUUUCGUGCCACCAUCUACCCCUGCCCGGAGUCUGCGGUCGAGCGCAGAGAGAUGCUGGCCAGCGUCAACGUGAGGCUGGAGGACUUAAUCACUGUCAUUACCCAAACAGAGUCUCACCGGCAGCGCCUACUGCAGGAAGCUGCUGCCAACUGGCACUCCUGGGUCAUCAAAGUGCAGAAGAUGAAGGCCGUCUACCAUGUCCUGAAUAUGUGCAACAUUGACGUCACCCAGCAGUGCAUCAUCGCCGAGAUCUGGUUCCCAGUGGCAGACACCAGGCACAUCAAGAAGGCGCUGGAGCAGGGCAUGGAACUUAGUGGCUCCUCCAUGGUCCCCAUCAUGACCGAAGUGGAGACGAAAGCGGACCCUCCCACCUUCAACAGGACUAAUAAAUUUACAGCUGGCUUCCAGAACAUUGUCGACGCCUAUGGUGUAGGGAGCUACAGAGAGAUAAACCCAGCUCCCUACACGAUCAUCACCUUCCCCUUCCUGUUCGCCGUGAUGUUUGGAGACUGUGGUCACGGGCUGGUGAUGCUAAUGGCGGCCCUGUGGAUGGUCCUAAACGAGAGGCACCUGCUGGCUCAGAAGAGCACCAAUGAGAUCUGGAACACCUUCUUCAACGGGCGCUACCUGAUCCUGCUCAUGGGCAUCUUCUCCAUCUACACGGGCUUGAUCUACAAUGACUGCUUCUCCAAGUCUUUUAACAUCUUUGGGUCCUCCUGGAGCGUCCAGCCUAUGUUCAGAAAUGGCACAUGGAAUGCCCAUGUCGUGGAAAAGAGUCAGUAUUUGCAGCUGGACCCGGCCAUCCCAGGAGUGUACUCUGGAAAUCCCUACCCAUUUGGGAUUGAUCCGAUUUGGAACCUGGCUUCCAACAAACUCACGUUUUUGAACUCCUAUAAGAUGAAGAUGUCAGUCAUCCUGGGGAUCGUUCAGAUGACUUUUGGUGUUAUUCUCGGCCUCUUCAAUCACAUGCUGUCAUUCUUGAUGUUGCAGCAAGAAGUCCAGACUUUCUUUGUCAUCAUUGCGUUGAUCUCUGUGCCGUGGAUGCUUCUGAUCAAGCCGUUUCUCCUCAGAGCCAAACACCAGAAAUCUCAGCUGCAGUCUUUCACGAUCCACGAGGAUGACAUUGAGGGUGGCCACUCGAGCGCCUCUGCUCAGAAGAAGACGGCGGGGACUAAGGGUGACCACGAGGAGGAGUUCAACUUUGGAGACAUCUUUGUCCACCAGGCCAUUCAUACCAUCGAGUACUGCCUGGGCUGCAUCUCCAACACAGCCUCGUAUCUUCGUCUCUGGGCCCUCAGCUUGGCUCACGCAGAGCUGUCCGAGGUGCUCUGGACCAUGGUGAUGAACAUCGGCCUUCGCCUUCGGGGCUGGGGAGGGCUCAUCGGGGUCUUCAUCAUUUUUGCCGUCUUCGCUGUCCUGACCGUCGCCAUCCUCCUGAUCAUGGAGGGCCUCUCAGCCUUUCUGCAUGCCCUCCGGCUGCACUGGGUGGAGUUCCAGAACAAGUUCUAUGAGGGAGCUGGCUCCAAGUUCUCCCCCUUCUCCUUCAAGCUAGUCCUGGAAGGGGCUGCUGAGGAGUAGGCUCUUCUGCGUCCCGGGUGCUGAUGCCAACUGAAGGACUUCCCUCUCGCCUCUGAGUCAGCCCAGGCCAGGAGUCCCACGCAGCAACCCUGUUGGCUACAGUGAAGUGAGAAGCUGUGUGAGGAUUUGGCAGGAUUUAACCACGUAACCCAAGGGCUACUUUUUAUUUGGGACUUUAUGUGCAGCCAAAUGGUCAAAUACUACAAUAACUGGGAAAUGGGGGAGGGGACACUAGACCACUAUCUUGUACUACUUUAUUUGUGUUUUACUUUGUAUCUAUUUUGAGACAAGGUCUCAUUAGCUCUAACCGUUCUGGAAAUAGCUGCGUAGCCUAGGGUGGCUUUGAGUUCUGACUCCCCCUGCCUCCACUUCCCCAGUGUUCAGAUGUCAGGCACCAGCCAGCACACCUGGAUCUCCUGCAGAAUUUCAAGUAUUAUAAUCAUGAAAAUAAAUACUUGCUUUGUUCACUGUU